UGGGCAGGCGCUCGCUCGCUCGCUCGCUCGCUCUGCCGUCCGUCCGUCCGUCCGUCCGUCCGCCCGUCCCAUCGUCGACGGCUCGCUUUAUUUUAUUCUCUUUUAUAGUUGAGCGGCAUGGCAAUCUUUGGGAUUAUUAUGCGUUCGCACGCUAUUCGCUCUAUUGGCUCGGAGGGAGGGCUAUGAGAACGGAUGCGAGGCCUACAUUCGGGAGAAAUGAUCCGUCCAAUUCACCUUUUAAAUAUUAUUUGAUGUCACUUUAUUUACCGACCAUUGCAAUUGUUAAUAUAACACGUGGAUCGUUUUUUACAGCAACGACAGAACGGCCUAGGUUUUUUUUUUUUUUUUUUUAAAGGGCAUGUUUUUGUUUGUCUAAAUAAUGCAUCGCUUUAUGUGCCAGUAUAUGACAGACCGAAAUGUUUCCCGCAAUGGCCCUUAGAUAAUGAUGUCAAAUGUUUCAAAAGGCUUAGGCUUGGCAGAAAGUCAUCAAAUACAUUGAAAGUUAAAGGACAGUGUAAUCAUGUGACUAUUAAAAAUAAGAUCGUGUUUUGGGUUAGGCACAGUAUGAUGAUUGAGACCAUUGAAAUAUAUCGAAUGGGGCGCUUAUUUUCAGGGUUGCUUGCACGUACCCAUCCCACAUUUAUAAUGGCGAGCGCACGGCUUAUGGCUUAAAAUCGUGUUCAUCCGAACUGCGGAAGAAAGACAAGAGAGGGGAAAAAUAUGAUGGAAAAAAGGCAGCCGGACCUUUGUCGCGGGAGUCCAGACGCAGAGGCUGGUCGCGGAAAGCCUGAAGACUCCUCCGUCAUCAUCAGAUGCGAGGAAGAGGAGGAGGAGGCGAGGAUGAAGAGGAGGAGGAGGAGGAGGAGGAGGAGGAGGAGGAACGAGGAGGAAGAGAAGGAAGAGAAAGAAGGGGGAGGGCUCACCGCGGGGGUCGAGGAGACCGAUGACGCGCCCCUGCAGAACUCCAGCAACGGGACCGUCAUCAACGGUGUUGCCAAGGAAACCGCCUCUCGCGACGCCCUUGACCUGAAAAGGGAAGUGCCGGUGAUCGAGCUCUCCAGGAGGGACGCUAUAAAGGCGCUGGAGAGGAGGGCCGAGAGCCAUUUGGUGCCCAUCACGGAGCUCCGCAGACCUCCUCUUCCUCACGCUCUUCCUCCUCACGCUCUUCCUCCUCACGCUCUUCCUCCUCCUGCACCGCCGCACAUCCAACGAGAGAACGCUCGAAUGGUCCAGCUGAGCCCCAACGCGUUCCCUGUCCCGGCUCGGGCCAUGCUCUACAACCUGGCGCAGCCUCUCGCAGCCAUCAACAGUCUUGGAGGGGAUUCUGAGCAGUACAGCAUGUACCCCAGCAACAGGGUCAAACGCCGCCCGGCGCCUUAUGAGGUUGAACUCGACGAGGCCGGCCAGCCCAAGAUUGUCCGACGUAUCUUCACCAACAGCCGCGAGCGUUGGCGGCAGCAGAACGUGAACGGCGCCUUCGCAGAGCUCCGUAAACUCAUCCCCACUCACCCUCCGGACAAAAAGCUGAGCAAGAACGAGAUCCUGCGUCUGGCCAUGAAGUACAUCAGCUUCCUCUCCAACCUGCUGGAGGACCAGGACGGGCGCGACGUCGGCCCCCCAACUGAAGGCGACACCGGGAUCCUGGUGGGGCCACACGACGGGGUGCCCCAAGGCGGCCCGCGUCAGGACACGAUGGUAAGCUCGGCUAGGGACGACCUGCCGGAGACCAUGUCGCCCGGCUCCAGUUGCGGGAGCUUGCCUGACGGAGACGCCGAAGGCAGCCCGGAGAGCUUCGUGGAGGAUCAGGACUCGCCUCCCGCCCCGAGGACUAUGGCGGCUUCACGCGGCCCUCCUCCGCUCCAUCUCAGGCGCAACGGACGCCCGCUGGAUGGCUCCGGCCGACGUUGAUUGUGAAAAACGGAAGGAAAAGUGCGUGCUUACGUUCGUGGGUCAUUUGAGGUGGUGGAUGAAGAUGUAGAUUGCGCGAGAGACACCAUGGACCUGACGACCUUCUGCACUUGACGACACUGAUGGAAAAGCCUCGCUGGCUGGAUUUGGAAACAAGGUGUAAAUUGUGCAUGUCUUUGAACGAGCAGCCUGCGGUGCGGAUGAAAGGCUUGUUUGUUUUGAAAAAGCCAAGAGCUUCAAAUCUGAACUCCAUCCCUUGUCUUGUAUUAGAGUGGCAAAAUGGCGUGCGAUCGAAGCAAGAACGAGCAAAGAGUGAAAAGUGCAAUGAAACCACUGAGCAAAUUGGGCAGCAAUGGAAGGUGGUGACAAAUCAGCUUGUUCUCACAAGAUGACGACGAGCACGUCAUCUGUGGGAACCACGUGCUCUUUUUGCCCCAGUUACUAUCCAAAAAGAGGAUGCAAAUCCUCAAGACCUUUUUACACCGCACUCGCUCUUUGGACCAAGUUUGGUUCGACCUGACCUGAAAAAGUGAUUUUUUUUUUUAUUCGUCUUCCCUACAAUCGGUCAAAUCCAUAUUGCGCAAGCAUCUAAUAUACGGAUGUCGAGCGUAAAAACUGAAACCAAAACCCGACGUGCUAAAAAGAGAAAUCAACAAAUCAAAGCACCCGAUUCAAAUUUGCUAUUACAAUCUUGAGUCAUUCAACUAAACCAGUUUUUUUUUUGAUGUAGAAUUCCAGGGUAUCUCAAGGGCCUAGUUGGUCGCACUUGCGGAAACUUGUGGUGAGAAGACAGCUCAAUAGAAAACCCCUCAACUGCCCUUCAGUCAAUGAUUGUAAAUAGCUUUCUAUUUUCACGGAACAACGUCAUGUGCUUUUAAGAUGUCCCUAUACUGUGUUGUUUGGUUCAAAAGAUGGAAGGCGAGUCGUAAACAUGAAAAGUUGGUACCAUUUCAUCUCGUUAGGGUUUGGCGUCGAGAGAACGACGCCAGACUCCAAACACAUUUUUGCAGUUUUGCAUGGGAGGUACAAAAACACACGCUGAUUCUCGAGGUGUACAACAUGUCGGUCCCGGCGUCAUUUUGACAUGAAUGUCUAGUUUCUUUUUUUCCUCUUCCCGACUGUAACGCGUAUGUAGUUUUAGAAAGGUACAAAGAGCAGCCCCUUUGUGGUGCCAACGGCAUGGCAUGUUGGUGACGGACGGCACCGGCAGUUGUCAAGGUUUGCUCAAUGCUGUUGCGGACGGCACCAGCAGUUGUCAAGGUUUGCGCAAUGCUGUUGCGCGUUCUGCCUUUUCAGCGGAAUUCACUAACCUACACUAUAUUGGUACCUUUGGUAACGAUGGUAUUUUAUGAAUGGCGGCAAAAAGGAACUUGUACGUUUGGUUAUGAUAUAUUUGUUGUAGAUGUAUCUAUGAAUAUAUCCAAUGUUGAAUCGGAUGGAUUUGACACAAAACUCUCUGAAUAAAAGAACAAGAAGUUUCUGAUGAUUCACAAA